AUGGUAACUGCAGUUUUCAAUGGAAAACAGAUGCCAAAAUAUUUUACUAACACUUGCUUAAUCCUCAUCCUUAAAGUUGACUCCCCUCAAGAAUUUUCAGAAUUUAGACCAAUCAGUCUCAGCAAUGUGACCCAAAAGAUUGUGUCUAAAGUCAUGAACAAUAGAAUUUCUAAAAUCAUUACUAAAUUGAUUUCCCAAAAUCAAAGUGGUUUUGUAAAAGGGAAGCCAAUUGGGGAAAAUGUUUUACUGGCCCAAGAACUUAUUCAUGACUUGAAAAAGUAUAACAAAGGGAAAUCUCACACUCUCAAGCUUGUCUUGGAUUGUUUGAAAAACUAUGAAAAAGCUUCAGGACAAAUUAUUAACAAAGAGAAAAGUUGUUUUCUUAUGGAUUCCAACAUAUCUAACAAUAGAAUUAACAUUGUUUCUCAAUAUUUACAGGUCCAGAGAAAGGAAUUUCCUAUAAAUUAUCUUGGAUGCCCUUUCUUUCAAGGGAGGGAGAAAAUUGAAUAUUUUACUCAAUCUGCCACCAAAAUCUUGAAGAAACUAGGAACUUGGCAUUGCAAUAUGUUAUCAAAAAGGGGGAAGAAACUAGGAACUUGGCAUUGCAAUAUGUUAUCAACACUUGGCAUUGAACUAGUAGCAAGUACACUUGCUACUAUGCCAGUGUACUUGCUAUCUAUUUGCCAACCCCCAAAAUCCAUUUGUCAGCAGAUGGAGAAAAAUUUUGCAAGCUUUCUUUGGGGCACUGCUGAUUGUAAAAAUAAGCAUCACUGGGUGGCCUGGAGGAAAAUGUGUUAUCCUACUGAAGAAGGAGGAAUAGGCAUUAGGUCUUUGCAAAGUGUAUCUAACAACUUUGGGGCUAAGUUAUGGUGGAGCUAUAGAACAAAGAAAUCUCUUUGGUCUGAUUUUUUGAAUGCCAAAUAUACAAGAAGGAUUCAACCAGUAGCUAAGAAAUGGAGCUACACUCAAUCUCAUUGUUGGAGAAGACUUAUGAAAAGUAGAGAUAAAGUUGACCAGUUGAUCUUGUGGAAAGUAAAUAAAGGAAACUCUAGUUUCUGGUGGGAUAAUUGGACAGGUCAAGGAAGACUUGCUCAAUAUGGAAAUGCUAACACCUCAGUUACGGAAAAGUGUCAGAUUACUUCCUCAAUGAUGGGUGGAAUAUUGCUAAACUAA